CCCGCGCCGGCCCGGGCCCUAGCCGCAGCCCCCCAGGCAUCCCCCCGCCAGACCCAUUCAAAGGAAGCAAAGAUCCAAGAAGCUGAACAGAAGUUGUCCCAGGAAAACCUAGCCAUUCACUGCAGACGGUCUGUCCGAUCCUGAAAAGUAAAGGAAAGCUGGAAAAGACUCUACAGAUAAGGCAAAAAAGAAGUUUGGAAUUGGAUUCACUGGACCUGGGCUUGGAAAUGCCUCAGCCCAGUGUAAGCGGAAUGGACCCACCUUUUGGGGAUGCCUUUCGAAGCCACUCAUUUUCAGAACAGACUUUGAUGAGCACAGAUCUCUUGGCCAACAGUUCAGACCCAGACUUCAUGUAUGAAGUGGACCGAGAAAUGAACUACCAACAAAAUCCCAGAGACAACUUCCUUUCUUUGGAGGACUACAAAGACAUCGAAAACCUAGAGUCCUUUACCGACAUAUUGGAUAACGAGGCGGCCCUCACUUCCAACUGGGAACAGUGGGACACGUACUGUGAAGACCUGACGAAGUACACCAAGCUGACCAGCUGCGACAUCUGGGGAACGAAAGAAGUGGACUACUUGGGCCUCGAUGACUUCUCCAGCCCCUACCAAGACGAAGAGGUCAUCAGUAAAACUCCAACCCUGGCCCAGCUUAACAGCGAGGACUCUCAGCCUGUGUCGGAUUCCCUAUAUUACCCCGAUUCGCUCUUCAGUGUCAAAGCGAACCCCCUGACCCCCUCGCUCCCCGGGAAGAAGAUCACGAGCCGAGCGGCCGCCCCGGUGUGCUCGUCGAAGACCCCUCAGGCCGAGCUCCCUUUAUCAGACUGUGUCCAGAAAGCGAGCAGACCCACUUCGAGCACACAGAUCGUGGUGAAGGCCAACGUGUUUCAUAAUGAAAAGGUGAAUAUUCAUGUUGAAUGUAAGGACUAUGUGAAAAAAGCGAAAGUCAAGAUCAAUCCGGUACAGCAGACCCGGCCCUUGACGGCGAGCCAGGUCCCCACUGAUGCGGCGAAGGAAAACACCUGCUACUGUGGAGCCGUGGCGAAGAGGCAAGAGAAGAAAGGGCCGGAGGGCCUUCAGCGGGCCGCUCCGCCUGCUCUCCCCUUUAAAGAGGCCCAGGAACUGCUGCUCAGCCCCCCGCCCCACGAGGCCCCGGGGCUGAUGGUGGCUGGGGAGAGCAGCGGCCUGGCCACCGGAGCCUCCGUCUCCGAUCCAACCCAGAAGAAGGAAGAGCACAAUUACUCCCUCUUUGUCUCCGAUGGCCUGGGGGACCAGCCGGCCAAGUGCCCCCCGGCAGAAGAGGAGGAGGAGGAGGACGACGACGACGACGACGUGGAGGACGAAGACCACGACGAAGGGUUUGGCAGUGAGCACGAGCUGUCUGAAAACGAGGAGGAGGAGGAGGAGGAGGAGGAUUACGAGGACGACAAGGACGACGACAUCAGCGAUACUUUCUCCGAGCCAGGCUAUGAAAACGAUUCGGUGGAAGACUUAAAGGAAAUGACAGCGGUGUCUUCCCGGAAAAGAGGCAAGAGAAGAUACUUCUGGGAGUACAGCGAGCAGCUUACACUGUCGCAACAAGAGAGGAUGCUGAGGCCUUCGGAGUGGAGUAGAGAUACCUUGCCAAGCAAUAUGUACCAGAAAAAUGGCUUACAUCACGGGAAAUAUGCAGUGAAGAAAUCCCGAAGAACAGACGUGGAGGACCUGACUCCAAACCCCAAAAAACUGCUUCAGAUUGGCAAUGAAUUAAGAAAACUGAAUAAGGUGAUUAGUGACCUGACACCAGUCAGUGAACUUCCCUUAAUUGCCAGGCCAAGGUCAAGGAAAGAAAAGAACAAGCUAGCAUCCAGGGCCUGCAGGCUAAAGAAGAAAGCCCAGUAUGAAGCCAACAAAGUGAAACUGUGGGGCCUCAACACAGAAUAUGACAACUUGUUAUUUGUGAUCAACUCCAUCAAACAAGAGAUUGUAAACCGAGUGCAGAAUCCAAGAGAAGAUGGAGGACCCAACAUGGGGCAGAAGCUUGAUAUCCUCAUUAAAGACACUCUGGGUCUUCCAGUUGCCGGGCAGACCUCCGAGUUCGUGAACCAGGUCCUCGAGAAGACAGCGGAAGGCAAUCCCACCGGCGGACUCGUAGGGCUGAGGAUGCAGACGUCGAAAGUGUAAAACGGGCCCGGCUUUGCCGUCUGUCACCGUCCGGUGGGCUCUGGUGUAAAUUUCAUUCGGUUCUGCAUGGCGGUUUCGCAUUACGUAAACAUUUCCAACUAGGUCACAUCGUUUGUCUAGCCGAGCAUAAGAGAAGCAUGAUCCACGAUGCUCGAUGACAACAUUUCUCAGAGCCUAAACCGCAGUUCUCGCACAACGUCUGGCAUCGGCGUGGAAAGUUAAGGGUUUUUGAGCAAAGGGCCCCAAAUCCGAUGAUUAGAACUGGAGAUGUAAAACGCGUUCUGCUUGGGAGAGCGUCAGCGAAUGCCAAAUGUUGUGGCAGGUUUAUACUCUGAAUACAACAAAAAUUAAGAGGAAGCACUUUUUUUUUUAACUGUCUAGUGGGGUUUUCGUUUUGGUUUGGUUCCUUAGUUAUCGCUUCGUGUCCUAAUUUUUCCGCAACCAUUAAUCUCACCUGUACAUUAGCACACAUAGCAUUCAAGCUAUUGUGCCAUAUUAGACUUUAUUUUCAGAGCUCAAUAUGAUAUAUACGUAGAGACAUAUAUCUAUUAUAUGUCCGUGCAAGUAAGAAAAAAAAAAAGUAUAUUCUUUGUGCCUUGUAUUUUUUGGGGGGGGGGAACUCUAGCUAUAAACUGGUGACGUUUUGUAUGAUGAAAACCCUAACGGAGGGAAAACCAAGAUGUAUAGACGGUAUAAAAACGGGGUUUAAAUGUUUUUGUUCCAACUCUUACCAAUUUUUGAAUGUAUAUAGGACAAUGUUGAAAUGUAGAUAUAUAUGCCACAGAGUCUGUGUAUUGUAUAAAAAGACAGCUCGAGAAGACUCAAUUUCGGUACUUGGCCGGAAGGGGACAAAUACUUGCACAUUAAUGCGAUUGUUUUAUUUUUUGUACCAAAGACAAAUGCAACUGAUAUGGCAACUGCCAGUCUAAGGAAAGUUUUGCACAGCUUACAUGAUACUGUACUGAAUGUAUGAAAAAAAAAAAGGAAAAAAAGAAAAAAAAUUUAAAGGUCAGGGUUAGGGAUCUUACUGAACUGUGAAUUUUAUUUCUGUUGGGUCCAGUUAUCUACAGAAGGAGCAUUCAUACCUACAAAUAUUAUUUUGCUGUUCCUCUAGUUCGCUUCCAUAGUAGAUAAGUUGGUGGCCAUUUAGGAGUUUGUAAAUCUUUUUUUUUUUCUGCACUUAUUGUAGAAAAUUUUAAUAUAUUUGGAUUUUAGUAAGCUAUUGGUAAAAUAGUUUUUGACUUUGAGAAUUCAAAAAAGUUUAUUUAGCUCGUUGUAGUAUACUUCCACCAAACAACCAAAAUACAGAUUAUUUUUUAUUGUACUGUGUGUAUAUAUAUAUGUGUAAAGAAAGAAAAAGCUACAAAUAUCUAAUUCUUUAGUUGCCACUUUUCCAAUUGAUGUAUUAUUGUGCAUGUAAUAUUUCCAAGGAUCAACACAAGCUUAAAACAGAAAGAUUUAUAGAUUUUUAUAUUUUUGUACAGAUAUUUCAAAACUAGCUUCUUCAAACUUAUACGUGACUUAUUCUUGUUAAUUCUGUAGUUUGUAUGACUGAGGAAUAUUAACACCUUUAGUUUUUAGGUGCUCUUUUGCCCAUAUAAAAAUCAGCUUCGUCAGUCAGUGUUUAAAGUGUGUUUAAAGCUUUACCUCUUGAUGAGAAAGUCCUCUGUCGAGACAGCAUCAUGAUCUGGGUUCAAGAGCCUGCCCCCCGGCCCCCUAGCCCGCACCUCAAAUUUGUAAAAAGGUCAUGAUCAACCGCCCCCCAAACUGCUUAGAGAGAUUAAAAAUAUCAAAAAUGACCCGCAGGGCUGCAGGACUCGUACGCUGCAAGCAUACGGUAUUUCCACCUUCCCUUUGGAGACUUAAUUCCUUAUUGCAGCUGUCUGCGCGGUGUUUUCUUUUGUUGAAAUAGACUUGUGUCCCUCAGCUGUAGCACAUGAAGAUUUGACUCUGAAGAGCUCAUUAUAACAAGG